AUACUAAAAUUUUAAAUGACUUGUUUUUUUAAUGAAAAUUAGUAUUAGUUCAUUUUGUAUGUUAAUUUUUGUGAAGCCAUAUAUUCUAAUACUAUAUUCUUACAAUUUUAUGUAUAUUCUGGUAUUCAAAUAUUGCCUUCAUCUGAUAACACAGGUCAAAUUGUUAUCAUUUUUGUGGUCUAUAGAUACAGAACAUUUUUUUGGUAUUAUUUGGUUGUUUGUACAAAAUCUGUAGUGAUGACUUUUUUGAAAAUGUGUAGGGCCUUGCGGGUCAAUACACGAACAUAUGCCAGCAAAAGUAGCUCAAAUGAUGUAGUAAUAGUAUCAGCUGUUCGGACCCCUAUGGGCUCCUUUUUAGGUUCUUUAGCUCCCCUGAGUGCCACAAAACUAGGGGCUGUAGCUAUUCAAGCUGCAAUAGAAAGAGCCGGAAUACCAAAAGAAGAAAUUAAAGAAGUUUUAAUGGGCAAUGUGUGCCAAGGAGGAGUGGGACAAGCACCAGCUAGGCAGGCAACAAUAUUUGCUGGCCUUCCUAAGGCGACUAUAUGCACCACAGUUAACAAAGUAUGUGCUUCGGGAAUGAAAUCCAUUAUGUUGGGUGCGCAAAUACUUCGUGCUGGUGAUCAGGAUGUAGUGUUAACUGGCGGUAUGGAGUCAAUGUCAAAUGUGCCUUAUUACUUGAAACGGGGUCAAACACCUUAUGGUGGCGUAAAUUUAACGGACGGGAUUGUAUUUGAUGGUUUAACUGACGUUUACAACAAAUUCCACAUGGGAAACUGUGCCGAGAAUACAGCAAAAAAAUUUGGUAUAACUAGGGAGCAGCAAGAUGAAUUUGCCAUUAAAUCCUAUAAGCGAAGUGCGGAAGCUUAUAAAUCAAAUGCUUUUAGUUCAGAAUUAGCACCAGUCAGUGUACCUCAAAAAAAGGGCCAACCUGAUGUGACUUUUAAAGAGGAUGAAGAAUACAAAAGAGUCAAUUUUGACAAGUUCAACAAACUUCCCACUGUAUUUCAACGAGAUAAUGGUACUGUAACGGCGGGUAAUGCUUCCACUCUGAAUGAUGGAGCUGCUGCCCUUAUUUUGACCACACAGGAAUCGGCCAAUCGCUUAAGCCUCAAGCCGCUAGCUAGAGUUGUUGGGUUUCAAGAUGGAGCGUGUGAACCAAUCGAUUUUCCCAUCGCCCCCGCAGUGGCUAUCCCAAAGCUUUUAGAGAAAACGGGCGUAAGUAAAGAUGAUGUAGCCAUGUGGGAAAUUAAUGAAGCGUUCAGCGUGGUGGUACUUGCAAAUGAAAAAAUAUUAGGUCUCGAUCCUCAGAGAGUAAAUAUUCAUGGUGGGGCUGUGAGUUUGGGGCAUCCUAUAGGCAUGUCGGGGGCUAGAAUUGUGGUCCAUUUAGUGCAUGCGUUAAAACCCGGUCAAAAGGGGGUAGCAGCUAUUUGUAAUGGUGGAGGCGGGGCAUCGUCCAUCAUGAUUGAGAGACUGGCAAGCAAUAUCCCCCGAAACACCAUACCAACACUAACUCUGUAUACCAAAGAUCCUUGCCAGUUAUGUGACGAGUUAAAAGUGGAUUUAGAGUCUUAUAAAAAUGUCGUUCGUGUUGAGACCGUAGACAUUAGCAAAAAGCAAAACUUGCGAUGGUUGCGUUUGUAUAGGUACGAAAUACCAGUAGUUUUCUUAAAUGGAGAAUUUCUGUGUAAACACAGGUUGGAUAAAGAGCUAUUCGAGAGAAAAUUGAGCGAAUUACGUUGAUUUUUUGAAAAUAGAUUUUUUCUUGCUAACUCUUAUAUAUGUUAAAAAUAAAGAAAUAGCUUAAGAUUUAAUGGUCUGGUCUCUGUUUUGUAUGACUUAUCCUCAAAUUUCUACAUCCAGUGUUUCGCGAUGAUGCCAUAAAGAAAAAGCAAAAUGUUUAUUAAAUUUACAACCUGUUUUUAUUCAAAAUAUAUUUUAUUUUCAUGAA